AUGUCAAGCUUUCACUGGGAGGAAAAUAUCAGCCUGCAAUACUACAACACUUUUAAGAUUCAAGUUAUUGCACGCUAUGUCGUCCGUAUCCAGAACAAGAGUCUCGAUAAGCUCAUCAAAUCACCAUUGUUCCAAACCCAUGUGAUUCUGGGAGGAGGAAGUAAUCUACUUUUUGUUGAGAAGUCCUAUGACGGGGUUUUUCUGAAGAACAAGAUUCUCGGAAUCGAGCCCAUUUCUCGAGCCCAUACGCAUACAUCGCUCAAGGUGGGCGGAGGUGUCACAUGGGGCUCGCUGGUUGACUAUUGUCUCACCCACAACCUUGGUGGCAUCGAGAACCUAUCCUUCAUUCCCGGCACUGUGGGUGCGGCUCCCAUUCAAAAUAUCGGUGCUUAUGGGGUGGAACUCAGUGAUGUUCUCGAAAGCGUGGAAAUUGUUGACCUGAUGGAUGGCAAGACACGUACCAUGACGAGGGCCGAAUGUCAAUCUGGCUUACCAAUGCUCCUCACCAUCGAUUAG